UGCGAGUUAAUAUUUCGAUUUAUCUACAUACAUAUAUAGUAUAUAGUGAAAUAUAUAUGUGUAUAUAUAUAUGAAAUAUCUGAUUAUAUAGAGUUAUCUCUCUGUUACGUUACGCAACUGUGUGUGUGUGAGUGAAUGUGAUUGGUGCAACUGUGUGUGUGCAAGUGUGGGCGAGAAGUGCGUGAGUGUGUGUGUGUGCAAAAUGCAUUUGAUUACCGUUUGAAUUAGCCGAUAAUCAUAAUUAUAAUUAAUAACAACAACCGAAUCGAAAUAUAUAUCGAAAAUCCCCCUCCACACACAGACGCACACACACAUAAACACACACACAUCACAAUAAACACACACAUAAAAUCAAAACAAAACAAAAAAGGAAAACGCAUAAAGGAGGAGCAGCACCACCAGGAGGAGGAAGAGGAAGAUAAUCUUCCAUAAUCUUCAUCAUCAUGGCCUCCGCUCAUACCCAUCAUAAUGCCAAUUUGCUCAGUUCCGAUAUAUCCAGACGGAAUCCCCAAGAUGAAUACGAACUCAUCCAGAAAAUUGGAUCUGGCACUUACGGCGAUGUCUAUAAGGCAAAACGUAUUCAAAGCAAUGAGCUGGCUGCCAUCAAAGUCAUCAAAUUGGAACCCUCCGAUGAUAUACAAAUCAUUCAACAAGAGAUCAUUAUGAUGCGUGAUUGCCGUCAUCCCAAUAUAAUAGCAUAUUAUGGUUCAUAUCUGCGUCGCGAUAAACUCUGGAUAUGCAUGGAAUUUUGCGGUGGCGGCAGUCUGCAGGAUAUCUAUCAGGUCACUGGUCCUUUAAGUGAAACCCAAAUUGCUUACAUGUGCCGCGAGACACUGAAAGGAUUAGAGUAUUUGCAUUCGAUGGGUAAAAUGCAUCGUGACAUUAAAGGUGCCAAUAUAUUGCUGACGGAAUAUGGUGAUGUUAAAUUGGCCGAUUUCGGUGUCUCGGCACAGAUAACUGCAACGAUCAAUAAGCGAAAGAGUUUUAUAGGUACACCCUAUUGGAUGGCACCGGAGGUGGCCGCUGUGGAGCGUAAAGGCGGCUACAAUCAAUUAUGUGAUAUUUGGGCUUGCGGCAUAACCGCAAUUGAACUGGCUGAAUUACAGCCACCAAUGUUCGAUCUGCAUCCAAUGCGUGCCCUAUUCCUGAUGUCAAAGAGCGGCUUUAAGCCGCCCACAUUGAGCAACAAAGACAAGUGGAGUCCCACAUUUCACAAUUUCAUCAAGACGGCUCUCACCAAGAAUCCAAAGAAACGGCCAACAGCGGAACGUCUAUUGCAGCAUCCGUUUGUUCAAUGCGAGAUGUCGCUGCGUGUGGCCAAGGAGUUGCUGCAAAAGUAUCAGAGUCCCAAUCAGCAAUUCUAUUAUUAUCUAGAUGGCGAUGAGGAGACGGUGGCCAGUGUGCCGCAGCGCAUUGCCAGCAAGAUGACAUCGCGUGCCAAUGGCGUUCCAGCCCAAAAUCAUACGCUCAAAACAGGCAUGACAACAACAACAAAUUCCACGUGGUAUGAGCGUUCUUCUAGUCCCGAGACGUUACCAAGUGACAUGAGCCUCUUACAAUAUAUUGAUGAGGAGCUAAAGCUAAGCGGUGAUGCAGUUGGCGGUGGCGGUGGAGGAGCAGUUAAUUCUACCACCAAUGGCCUCCUUGUCGAUAAGCAUGAAUCAUCAUCAUCAUCAUCAUCAAUGGCAGCAGCAGCAGCAUCCACUCCAUCAACUGUGACACAAACAGUUGGCGAUGGCUUUCAAAUGCAUUCCGCAUGCCCAUCCACUUCUUCUUCGGCGGCAGCAUCUUCUGCUAAUCCCCCUACAGAGGUUGGACUGGCGUCCAGCAGCUCCAGUAGUUCCACCCAUCUCUAUCAGAAUUUGUUGAGAAGCAGCAGCACGGGAGGAGAAUCACCGCAAACAUCAGUUGCCACAACCAGCCACAAUUCAUCCUCCAAUAACUGUGAUUAUCGGCUUGAGAGUAACCAGAACGGCUUGGAGGAUUCACCAAGACGCCAUAGCUCCAUGGAUCAAUUGAUUGGACUUCUCAAUGAUAUGGGUAGACCGCGUAGCCUAAGCGAUGGUGGCACCCAAGACGAUGAUGAUGUUGAGAAGGAGGCCCAACCGGAUCUCUUGAAUAAUACGCCACCGGUUCCCCCCAAACGUUCGCAUCGUCGUCGCCAUACACCACCGCGUCCCAUUUCGAAUGGUUUGCCACCGACGCCCAAAGUGCAUAUGGGUGCCUGUUUUUCCAAAAUCUUCAAUGGUUGUCCGUUGCGUGUGCAUUGCACUGCCUCAUGGAUACAUCCGGAGACGCGGGAUCAACAUUUGCUAAUUGGUGCCGAGGAGGGCAUCUAUAACCUCAAUAUGAAUGAACUUCAUGAUGCGGCCAUUGAUCAGCUAUUUCCGCGUCGCACCACCUGGCUGUAUGUGAUUAAGGAUGUGCUGAUGAGUCUGUCAGGCAAAUCCUGUCAAUUGUACAGGCACGAUCUCGUUGCCCUGCAUUCCAAGCAGACGGUGCGCUUUUCGCUGCACAUGAACAAGAUACCAGAGCGUCUGGUGCCCAGGAAAUUUGCCCUAACCACCAAGGUGCCGGACACAAAGGGUUGCACUCAAUGUUGCGUCACACGGAAUCCCUACAAUGGCUAUAAAUAUCUUUGUGGGGCAACGCCCAGCGGCAUUUUCCUAAUGCAAUGGUAUGAUCCGCUCAAUAAAUUCAUGCUUCUGAAGCAAUGUGAAUGGCCAGCCAUUAGUAUAUUGGGUGGUGGUCAUGGAUGUGUCCAAAAUGGACAUACACCUGUCUUUGAGAUGAUUAUAACGCCCGAACUGGAGUACCCAAUUGUGUGUACGGGUGUGCGUAAAGCUCUCAAUGGUUGCCUCAAGCUCGAGCUCAUCAAUAUGAAUAGUGCCAGUUGGUUCCAUGGACCGGAAGACCUAGAGUAUGACGCCAUGGCCACGAUGGUGCCGCGUCGCGACCUAUUGAAGGUGGUGCGUGUUCACCAGGUGGAAAAGGACGCCAUUCUCGUUUGCUAUGGCAAUCUAAUACAGGUGGUAACGCUCCAAGGCAAUCCCAAGCAGCACAAGAAAAUGGUAUCACAGCUGAAUUUUGAUUUUAAUGUGGACAGUAUUGUUUGUUUGCCGGACAGCGUUUUAGCAUUCCAUAAGCACGGCAUGCAGGGCAAGUCGCUGCGCAAUGGUGAAAUAACGCAGGAAAUCAAGGAUAUGAGUCGCACCUAUCGACUGCUGGGUAGUGAUAAGGUGGUUGCCUUGGAGAGUCAAUUGUUGCGCACUGGAUCGCUGGGCAGCGAGGAAGGACACGAUCUGUAUAUUCUAGCCGGUCAUGAGGCCAGCUAUUAAAACAGAUAAACUUCUAAAAUCGACACCCCACACAAACACACACACACCACCACCAACACAACCAACUUUCCCCUUUCCCCACAUAAUCUGAUUGUUAUAAUUUACACAAUUGUUCGAUACACAAUAAAUUUUAAAGGCAAAAGCAAAACAGAAAGAAAAAACGACGUCGUCGCGGUCAACGUCAGCUGCAAUGUCGGCGUCGUCGUCAUCGUCAACUACUAACUGUAAUUUAAUUACAAUUACUCGUAGACCUAAGCACUAAAUAACUAAAAACAAAAGAAAAAACAAAUUUAUAGAAAUUAUAUAAACCGAGCGAGAUUCGCGAAGCUACUUAGCGCAAUUUUAUCGUGGUACGUAGAGGCAACCGGAUGCAGUAACUAGUUCUAGAACCAAAUCAACCAACAACAAUAAUGUCAUCAAAGAUAACCAAUUUCUUCCUCAUCCACAAAAAUUAAAAAUUUGAUAAUUCUUUGCCAAUUCCAUCAAUAUAUAUAUCUGGUACCCUGAGAUCUUCGCUACUCCUCAAAAAUUCCGUUGUAGUUAUAUUUUUGUAUUACAAAUUUAUUUAAAAAUUAAUCAUAAAAGAAAAAUGCUUUAAUUUAUUCAAUUAAUUCUAAUUAAAUUAUUUAAGAAAUUUGUGUGUCACCAAUCACAAAAACAACAACAACAAAAUCCCAAUAAAAAGCAAUGUUUCUAUAUAGUCAGCAACAACAACAAGAA